AAAAAUGCUAAUCUUCUAGUCUUCUCUCAAUCUUUUAAGCCUUGUUAUUCCUUUACCUUUACCUUCUUCCUCUUCUUCUUCUUCUUGGUCUUCUUCUAUGCUGUAAACAACACCAAUCAUCUCCGUAGUUAUGGACUCAGAUUGUGAAAUACAAAGCAAAAGAAUCAAAAGCAAGCAAGAAGAUGAUAAUCAGUCCACAAGCAGGAUCGAAACACUUCCUCGAGAAAUCGUGUUCGACAUACUCUCGAAGCUUCCGAUAUCGUCUCUGGUGCAAUUCAAGUAUGUCUGCAGAGCUUGGCGUGUUCUAACACAAGAUCCUAGCCUUGUUGACUUGUACAACUCAAGAACAGAAGAGGAAAAUCCAUGUCUCGUCUUUCACUGUGAUUUUCCCAUAAGAAACCAGCUCUACUUUGUUGAUUUCCAAGCUGAUAGGGAUGAUGAGAAACAGGCAGUGAAGAGGAUUCAGACACCUUUCUGUUCCUCGAUGCCGGAAUUCGAUGUCAUCGGAUCAUGUAAUGGCUUGCUUUGCUUGUCUGAUUCAUUGUAUAAUGAGGGACUUUAUGUUUACAAUCCUUUCACAAGAGACUACAGAGAACUUCCCAAGACUAAUCAGUUUCAGAACCGAGAGGUAGUGUUUGGAUUCGGGUUUCAUCCGAGGACAAAGGAAUAUAAAGUUGUUAAGAUCAUCUACUACGAGAAUGGAUAUAGAGGGUUAAGGAAUCGGUUUCGAAUUUCAUCAUCAGAAGUUCAAGUAUUCACUUUGGGAAGCUCAAGAUGGAGAAGUUUGGGAAAAGUGUCGCAUGAUCUUCACAAGUGGCCAACAGCGCAGGUCUUAGUCCAUGGGAGACUUCAUUGGGUGACCGGGCCGCGGAGGCACCGCACGGGGAGGAAUGUCGUGUCGUUCGACCUCGGUGAUGAGAAGUUCCGGGAGGUGCCGAGGCCGGAUGUUGUGGGCUUGAGGAGGUGUGAGUACCAUCUCUUUGUCAUGAGAGGAUGUCUCUCAGCAGCAUUCGGUUUCAGCAAUGGGAAGCUUGAGAUUUGGGUUAUGAAAGAGUAUGGUGUUAAGGAAUCAUGGGUCAAGGAAUUUGUCAUUGCAAAUUACACACCAAAGGCUAUCAAACAAGAAGUUAUUCAACCAUCCUUUUGUGUGUCCAAAGUGAGAGGAAAAUCAGUGAGAGUUUUGUGUGUUUUAAGGAGUGGGGAGAUUCUGUUGGAGUACAAGGAAAAAAGUAGAGCUUUAGUUCUUCAUAAUCCCAAUACUAGAAAGUUCAAGGAUCUUAUGUUCCAAGGAAUGCCUAAUUGGUUCCAAACGGUUGUUCAUGUGGGCAGCCUCAAUCAGAUUGAUACCCUCAUUGGUAUGUGAAAUAAGCAUGAAAUGAUUUCACUUUUUUUUUUUUUUUUUUAAAUCUUUAUGCAGUUUUUUUUUUCUUUUUUUUUUUUUAGGAUGAAAAUCUGUAUGCAAUAUUAGUUGGCGAUUUUGUUCAUUGGAACAUUGCUCUUUUAUAAUAGUUAGGUUUACAUACUGUUUUUCCUUUUUG